AUGAAUCUCAACGGUGGAGUUCACCACGAGACCCCGUCGGUUCCUGUACAAUUCCCGUCAAUAACGCGAGUUUCGUAUGGUGAUGAAUAUCGUCCACGAUCCCAAAGUGCUGACACCCGUCGACAUUCGUAUGUACAACGUCGAGUGUUCUCGGAGGAUCAUGAUCCGUUCACAUCGUUGCCGACAGCGACGAUGCCCCCCUCGUUGGACGCGUCUGGUGGUGCUGACGUCGGAACCGGCGGCACAUUACGCCGUUCUGGCCAGAUCAGCAGCUAUGACGACACAUCGGCGACACUUCUACGACGACCUGCAUCGAACACGGUUCAGUUUCCGUCCACGUACAGGGAGCGAGUUGAGGAGCAACACACCCCGCAGUUUAAUAGCGCCGCCCACAAUUUCACACAGCACCUGCGGGAGCGCUCUCCGUCGAGUAGCUCGGCGCUCCUGAAUCUGCUUUCCCGUUAUCCGUCAGCUAAGCAGUCUGUGUACUCAUCUACAGUUGGCUCAACGGCCGUCGCCCAACAACGUAUCUAUCGUCUUGACGAACGACCCGUCGACACACAUUCCUAUCGUCCUACGGAUGCCGUGCCCGGCUAUCCUCUGCCGAUCUAUCUCAACGUCGCGUCACCCCAUCGCACUCAAUCGUUACCUCUAAACCCUGUGAACGGCCAAGCACACUUGCCUCGUGAAAGCCCACUGAGCGUCUCUGUUUACAGCGACUUCAGUCAUUCGCCGACAUUUUCGCAAUCAAGCGCUGGAGGUGGCGGUGGCGACGGAAAUCGCAGCGAUACGCCACGAUACGCGAACGGCUUUGCGACGCUACGACCGCAGAACUUCAACUCGACUGCAAAAGAGUUCGACAAUCGAUCUGAACAUAAAUUUUACACCGAUCUCCCGAACAACAACAACCACACACCCACUGCACGUAAUAAGCGGUGGGAAGAUCUGUUGGACGUGACCCAGCUUGAUUCUCUAUUGGCUUCGGUACUUGAAGAAAAUAUGAAUCGAUCGACUACUGAAUGGAGCAACUCGUUUGCGCAAGUACAAAACAGAUUCAAGAACCUGCCGGCAGAAACGGGUGACAGUGGCCUGCUCCAUGGCUUCACAAGUUCCGGGGCACCGACGUUACCACGACGAGCCGGCUCGCUGAUGAUGCAGAAGUCUGCCAGCCAUAAUGAAAUGAACAGAUCCGAAACCUCGGUGCUAAACUCAGCCAUUGAACGUCGUGCCGCUGAGGCUCCAGAGCUGAGAAAAUCUGGCGCAAUUGACAACUUUUGGAGUCACACAGUGAACAGCCGACCAUCAUCGCCGACGAUUCAACGGAUACCCGGCAACCUAACAGCUGCUGAACGACUGCAGAUGUUGCACGAAGAUACGCAUUCACCUUCGAGUACAUUGAACAGACCGGGCAGUGGUGCUCAGUUAGCAGCCAGGCGUGAACACUACCUACAUGAAGCAUCUUCAGCCUCAACAUACACUCCACCACAUCGAGAUGCGGCUCCUCAACGACCGGGAACACCGUCGGUUCACCUUCGGGGCCCUUCGCCGAACUUCUCCGAUCUGGACAAUGCAGUACAAGAAUUGCAGUGUGGCGUUCGUACCACGGGCUAUUCGAACAGCGCCAGACGACUCGGCGGAUGCGCACGCUUCCCGACGGAUGACCACGCGCUUAGCCCUCCUCGGGCUUCCAGCACUACUAUCGCGACGUCACGACGGAUGAACUCACCCAGUCCUACCGACUCGAACAGUGAGACUUCCUCGGUGUAUCAGAUUCCUUCCGGGUUGCCGCAUCCCAAGCCGAAACACAACAUCAAAGAGCAGUUAUCAAACGCUGGAGUGCAAACGUACAACUUUUUCCGUACUGGUUUACGUGUGAGCCCGAGUUUUCCUGUACCUGUGACGGGUAGCGUGGCGUCACGUAUCACGGAAUUCGAGAAGCGUCCCGGUACACCGACGCUACAGAUCGCCAGCGCUCCACGUCAGGAGAAGAGUCCUGUGUCGAAUGGUCCAAUGAGCCCUAAAUCGACCGUGUACAAAAGCAAAGCCGUUAUUCAUGUGGAAACUGGUUCGAGAAGUCCACGAAGUCUCAACAAUGCCGCUACCGUAUUCGAUUUUCCUUCACCGGCAAAAGUAAGUAUUCAGUUUGUAUUUAGUGAUACGAAUCGUUGA